UUUGUCCCGCGGAUGCAUGAGAAAGAGAGGGGAAGCUCUCCCGUUUGCAAGCACUGCAAAAGUGUGCAGGACGCAGAGCGAUGCGCACAGCGAAGACUCCACAGAAGCGGACGUGGAGAGCGAAACAGAUUUUUCAAGACAAGGAGACGAAAGUGCAAGCUGUAAACACAUACGUCCGCAGCAAAGCCUGGCCAUAAGUCCGUAUUUCCAGUAUUUUUACUACUCUAAACGUCUACAUAAAGCUAAUCGGAGGAGGUCGCGUGUGGGGAGGACAUUGUCUGCUCAUUAUUUCACCAGGACGGUUCAGUCUGACCAUCCGCUACCCGGCUUCAGAAGAUACCGUGCGCUCCGAAGAUGGACCGGCAGUGGUGAUCCGGUGAAGAAGACAAACCGUCCUGGACGUCAACAAGUCCACCGUGCUUUGAGAAAAUGGGUUGUUUUUACAUUGUGGAGGGGAGGGCUUUGCUGUAGCCUAACACCGGCGGAUCAUGGCAGGGGUACACGCUUCAGAUGCUGUGUCGGGACAUUUUUUGGAUCUUGCCAUCGGCGCCCCGCCAACACAGGGUGAGACCAACGCUGCGGGAAUCACCGGCGAUGCGGCCGCGCUGCCUCCGACCGGUACCCGGGCUUACUUGGAGGUGUCGGCCUCUGCCCAGGGCUACGGGGCUGAGGGAGUUUACACCAAUGGACGGUACAGGGAGCACGGCAGCCCAAGGAUCGGGAGUGGCAGCCGUGAUAAUUCCACCGAGAGAAGCCAGGGAGGUGGAAACACACCUUGCGGCAUCAUGAAGGAUGGUUCCAAACAGAAGCAGGUGAGGAAGAAGACGGUUUCCUUCAGCUCAAUGCCAAGUGACCGCAAGAUCAACAGCACAGCUGCUUGCAUGGCCUUUAUGAUGGAGGGUUGUGAGAUGAAGAAGGUGCGCUCUAACUCACGCAUGUACAACCGCUACUUCCUUCUGGAUCCAGACAUGCACUGGCUCCGUUGGGAGCCAUCCAAAAAGGAUUCAGAGAAGGCCAAACUAGAGAUCAAGAGCAUUAAGGAGGUCCGUUUGGGAAAGAAAACUCCAGUUCUUCGCAGCAAUGGUCUCUCAGAUCAGUUCCCUGAUGAAUGCGCCUUCUCAAUCAUCUAUGGGGAUAACUAUGAGUCAUUAGAUUUGGUAGCUAGUACAGCAGAUGUUGUCAGCACCUGGGUGAUGGGCCUGAGGUACCUGGUGUCUUAUGGUCGGCACACCGUGGACAUGGUGGAUCCCAGUCAACCAAGUCUACGAACAUCUUGGAUUGGGUCAGUGUUUGAGCUAGCAGAUAUGGAAAAAGAAGGCCACAUAGACCUGUUCAGGGCCACACAGAUAAUCAAGGGGCUCAACCCUGGAAUGAAAGAGUCUAGGAUAGAACUGAAGUUCAAGGAACUCCAGAAAGCUAAAGACCAAUACGGAGAGGCAAUUAACAUGGACACCUUUGUGGAGGCCUACUGUGAGCUCUGCACACGGCCAGAGAUCUUCUUCCUACUGGUGCAGUUCUCCAGUAACAAGGAGUAUCUGGACAGUAAAGAUCUGAUGUUAUUUGUAGAGGUGGAGCAGGGUGUGGAAGGUGUGACAGAGGACAUGUGCAGGGAUAUUGUUCAGAAAUUUGAGCCAUCAGCCGAAGGCAGGGAGAGGAGCUACCUCUCCAUUGAUGGCUUCACACACUACCUCCUCUCCUCGGAGUGCCACAUCUUUGACCCCCAGCACAAACGUGUGUGCCAGGAUAUGACCCAGCCCCUGUCCCACUACUACAUCAACUCCUCACAUAAUGCCUCCCUUCUGGAAGACCAUUUCUGGGGUUCGUCAGAUAUCAGCAGCUACAUCCGAGCACUAAGGAUGGGUUGUCGCAGCAUUGAGGUCAUUGUUUGGGAUGGCCCUGAUAAUGAACCAGUGGUGUAUGUAGGUAGUUCUGUGGCCUCACAGCUAGCAUUAUCUAAGGUCCUGGACAUUAUAAACCAAUAUGCUUUUGAGAGCUCCGAGUAUCCCCUCAUUCUCUGCUUGGUGACCCACUGCUGCAUCCCCCAGCAGAGGGUCAUGGCCCAGCACAUGAAAAAGAUUCUUGGGGACAAGCUGUACAUUGAACCCCCCAACAAAGAGGAAAACUACCUACCCUCUCCUGAGAAACUCAAAGGUAAAAUCCUCCUCAAGGGCAAGAGGCUACCGCCCAGUUGCACUGAUUCUGAGGGUGAUGUGACGGAAGAGGAAGAGGGUCUGGAAAUGUCCCGAAGAGUAGGAGCUGAUGAGAAGGACCAGCUAAAUGGCUUGGGCUUCAAAAGACUCAGACUGUGCAGGGAGCUAUCUGAUCUUGUAUCUCUCUGCAAGUCAGUACAGUUCAGGGACUUUGAGAUCUCUAAAAGGGACCAAAAAUUCUGGGAGAUUUGUUCCUUCAAUGAGGUAGAUGCAAACAGGUUUGCCAAUGAGUUCCCAGAAGAAUUUGUCUGUUAUAAUAAGCGCUUUCUCUCCAGGGUGUAUCCCACACCAAUGAGGAUUGAUGCCAGUAACAUGAACCCCCAGGAUUUCUGGAAGUGUGGCUGCCAGAUUGUGGCCAUGAACUAUCAGACACCAGGCUUGAUGAUGGACCUCAACCUAGGCUGGUUCAGGCAGAAUGGCAAUUGUGGGUAUGUGUUGCGGCCAGCCAUCAUGAGGGAGGAGGUGUCCUACUUCAGUGCCAACGCUCGGGACUCCCUGCCAGGGGUGUCUGCUCAGCUCCUUCACAUCAAGGUCAUCAGCGGGCAGAAUCUGCCCAAGCCUCGCGGCUCCGCUGCUAAGGGUGACGUGGUGGAGCCCUACAUAUAUGUGGAGAUUCACGGCAUCCCAGCUGACUGUGCUGAGCAAAGAACCAAGACUGUGUCCCAGAACGGUGACAACCCUAUUUUUGAUGAGAGUUUUGAAUUCCAGAUCAACUUACCUGAACUUGCGGUUCUGCGCUUUGUGGUGCUGGAUGAUGACUACAUUGGAGACGAGUUUAUUGGCCAGUACACCAUCCCAUUUGAGUGCCUACAGCCAGGCUAUAGACAUGUCCCACUGCAAUCACUGACAGGAGAGUUCCUACCCAACACCACCCUGUUUGUCCAUGUAGCCAUCACAAACAGGCGGGGAGGAGGAAAGGCACAUAAGAGGGGUCUAUCUGUCAGGAAGGGAAGGAAGGCCCGAGAGUACACCAACACCAAGACUACAGGGAUCAAAGUAGUGGAUGAGCUCUUCAGAGCUUCCACCCAGCCCCUCAGGGAGGCCACAGAUCUCAGAGAAAAUGUGCAGAAUGCCAUGGUGUCCUUCAAGGAGCUCUGUGGCCUGACUCCUGCAGCCAACAUGAAGCAGUGUAUCCUGACGGUGUCUACUUGGCUUAUGAACAGUGAGCGGUCACUGAGGGUGACAGUGGACCUGAGCGAGACGUACCCCACCAUGGAAGCUCAGGGUCCUGUGCCUGAGCUGCUGCGCAAAGUGCUCAACGCCUAUGACAUGAUGAUCCAAACCAGCAGAACACUGAUAGAGUCGGCUGACGUGGUUUACUCCAAGCUUACACAAGCACAGCGGGCAGGUCUGGACUUCCAUGAGGACCUGCAUCGCAUUGGCGCAAAGGAAGGUCUGAAAGGCCGCAAACUGCAGAAGGCCAUGGAGAGCUACGCUUGGAACAUCACUGUGCUCAAGGGCCAGGCAGACCUGCUGAAGCAUGCUAAGAGUGAGGCACUGGACACUCUUCGUCAGAUCCACUGUGCAGCUCAGUCCUGUGGCCUCAGUAAGAACGGAGCGGCUUCUCCUCAGAUUCAGCAUCAUCCUCUUCACCAGCCACAGCAGUUGCACAUCCAGCAACAGCCUCAGACCAAGGCCCACCCACAGGCUCCACCACUGCACCAGUCACAAACUCAAUCCCAAUCCCAGACCGUGCCUCAGGCUUAUCUCCAUCCCCAACCCCAGCCACAUCCCCAGCUACCAGCUCUCCCUCUGGUUCAAACUGUUUCAAAGCCACCGGCCUAUCCUCAACCUCCACCCCUUCCCCAGCUUCAGUAUCAGUUCCAGACUCAGCAGCAGAGGGCAGCAGGACCUCUGGACUCCAUCCCUGAGAAAGAGAUGGUCAGUGAUGAUCCUGCAGGAUCCUGCUGACCCGCAGCCUGUGCCCACAGAGAAUCCUACCCAAAGAGAGACAGAGACAGUGAGAUAGCGAUGGAGAACAAUAAGCAGAAGGAUGUAGAAGAUAAGAAGGAGGUGGCAAGCAGUGCCAGUAAGGAAAGGGAGAUGGAGGAAGUAAUGGAGAGAGUUAAAGAGAUGAUGAUGGUGAGGAAGACUCGUCGUGUUAGGAGUGAGACACAAGUCUGAAGGGAGGUUUUAAGCAUUGAGCUGGCCAGAGGGCUGAAGGAGAAAAGACAGAGAGACCUCACACUUCAUACACACAUUUUUAAACAGGAUGGAAAACUAGAAAGACAAUGUUUAUUUUUCUCCAUUGUAAAUUUGGAAUAAACUUCCAUCUGAGCCAGAAGGUUUAGGUCUCUUCUGUCUUCUAUAAUCUUUGGUUCUCUGUUGGGAAAGUAAAAAAGUUUAACAGCUGGUAUCAAAUUUGUUGUCUGGACCAGGAUGGCGUUCGGUAGUUGGAUCAGUGAGUCACAUAUCCCUGUCUCUCUCUGGGCAGUGCUAGUUACAUGCCCCUACACUAUGUACUCUAGCUCUGUGGGUACAGGCUUUACCUUACAUCGGCAUUUUCUGCCACAAAUUUGCCUUUUCAUUUCUAGAGACUCCUCGGCAUGUCUUUGUGCUUUUAUUUCUUCAUGCUCACGCUUUUCCUCUUCCAUCUUAGACAUAUCUUAAAGCUAAGCGCAAACCACUCCUUUCAAUAAAGAGGUUGCCAUUUUCAUUCAAGUGCACCAAGUUGAGCAGCUCAGCUAGACCGAGCUCUCUAGGAGUCAUAGAUGACCAUUUCAGAACAAACCAGGGACCUGUAGAGAUAAAAUACAUAAAACAAACUGCAGCUGUUGAUGUGUUCAGUCACACUGACGCUCUUGCAUCCCUUGCUGGUGUCACCCUCCAUCAGACCCCACACAUCUCCAGUGUCAUUCCUUACGAUUUAAGUUCUUCAUUAUUUCAGGACUCUCCCCACAGGGUCUCCUUGUCUCCUCCCAAGGGGCUAUGUGUGUGAUGUUAUGUGAGUUGGUGUUUUGGCCCCCAGGGGGGAGCUAGCCCACGUCCUUGAGUGGCGGAGCUCACCAGCCAAUCACAACUGGAAUAUUUGACUUUGCCUGUUAGAGGCCAAACAGGAACAUGGUACUGCUGUCAAUAAAAACACAAAAUAAAGUGAAUAUAGAUGUAAAGUGUAUGUAAAAUGUACGAAGGGAACAUAUAUUGCUAUAAUAAUUCUUGCAGACACAGAUAUUAAUAAUUGAUAUUAUGAUUGUUGUUAGUUCUAUUGAUAUUCUGAUUCUUUUUUAACAUUACUUCCACAUAUACAGUGAUUUGACACCUGUUGUUCUGUGGUGCAGAUCAGGACAACCAGUGCAUGUGGGACUGGGAAGAGUGGUUAUGGGUUGGCGCUAAAACAUGAGGGUCAAACAAUAACCUGACAUGUGUUUCACUGCAAAGUGAGUGUGGAUUCUGUAAGAGCUCCUUUAAGUGGCCCAUUAAAACUGGCUUCAUUGUU